GAGAUCUGUGUAGUUCGCUUUACCCCUGUAACAGAAGAGGAUCAGAUAUCCUACGCGCUGUUGUUCGCUUAUUUCAGCAGCAGGAAACGUUACGGUGUAGCGGCCAAUAACAUGAAGCAAGUGAAAGAUUUGUACCUCAUCCCUUUAGGUUCCUCAGAUAAAGUCCCGCAUCAUCUUGUGCCUUUUGAUGGGCCUGGGAUUGAAAUACAUCGACCAAACUUAUUACUGGGACUGAUAAUUCGCCAGAAAAUGAAGAGGCAGGUUCCAGCUGUGGCGAGUGUUACGAGCAGCUUUGCGGAUGAAGCUUCUGAAAGCACGGUGAGUAACGUGCCACCGGAGAAGAAAAGCAAGCCGAGCAAACCCGAAGUCUCUCAUCACGAGCUGGCGCUAGAAGAAGAAGAGGAAAAUGACUUCUUCAAUUCCUUCACGACUGUGCUCCACAAGCAGAGGAAUAAACCUCAGCAGUCCAAUAUAGAAGAUGCUCCAGCAGUUAUUGAACCUUUGGUGGAAGGUACCAAAAAUGAACCACCAAAGCCUCUCAGAUUUCUUCCCGGAGUCCUGGUUGGGUGGGAAAAUCAACCUUCUACGCUGGAGCUGGCAAAUAAACCCUUGCCAGUGGACGAUAUCCUUCAGAGCCUGUUGGGUACCACGGGGCAGGUGUAUGAGCACAGCAAGUCCGAAGCAAGUCCCAGUGAAGAAAUCCCAUUAUUAAAUGAACAGGCAACCAUAAAAGAAGAAAACAUGGAUGUUGGUGACGUGUCUGCUGAGGUUAGUGAUGCCAAGAUGGGUUUGGAUGAGCCACAAGAGUCUGCUAGCGCUGCUGUGAGUGUGGAAGCAGCAGCCGCAGGGACCUCGGGUUCAAGAAGUGCUGGGCCUUUGGUAGGGCUGAGCCUGAAGGGAAAACCUCCAGACGUCUCCACCGAAGCGUUUUUAGCAAAUUUAUCAGCUCAGUCACAGAGUAAAGAAAGUGAAGAAAGCAAAGAAAACGACGCCAAGCGGCAGUUGCUCGACAAGGAUAACGCGCAGGAAGUUAGAAAGACCUCAAAUUCCAGCUUUCCUUCCUCAUCAAACACAGGGAAAAAACCCAAUGAGAACAACGUCACCGCAGGCUCCGCUGAAGGUACCGCUGCUAACACUUCGAAAUCACCACCGUUUAUUAACCUGAAGAGAGACCCCCGGCAGGCAGCCGGACGGAGCCAGCAGCCGAACGCAUCGGAAAGCAAAGAAGGAGACGCCGGCCGAAGUGAGGAGCGACAGAGUUCAUCAGGAAGCGAUCAAACGGACCCAGAAACUAAGCAGACGUCUGGAGAUGCGGGCUUAAACCCGUAUCAAAGCGAUGCCCAAACCGCUGAGACGCAGUACGGUUCAGCUGCGGGGAAAGCAGAGAGCGCGGGCGCGGCGCAGGCAGAAGAUGCCAAACACCCCCAGGAGGAUGCGCUGAUGCAGAGCAUCGAAACCGUCAACUCCUUCAGGAGGGGAGCAGCGGCAACGGCAUCUCAUUUUGAAACCGAAAACUCUUCUCGUUCGGAGUUCGUUUCCAAAGGUCCAAACCCUAUUCCGGGUGGCGGCUUCUCCUCUGUUCGACCCCCGCAGCCGAAUUUUCAGCAUCCUAAAUCGAACCCACCCGGAUUUCAGUUUCAAGCUCCCGCGCCUCAUAACUUCCCUCCGCAGAACAACCCCAUGUUUGGGUUCCCUCCUCAUUUACCUCCUCCGCUUCUUCCUCCUCCAGGUUUUGGCUUUCCCCAAAAUCCGAUGAUGCCCUGGCCACCAGUUGCCCAUUUAUCGGGUCAGCCACCGCACUUUGCCGGACCCAUUGCACAGGGGCUGUCGGCGGCUCACAAACAGUCAAGGUUUUUGGGGCCGGAGAAUUUUUUUCAGAGUAAAGACGGUCGGAGACCGGAAAGGCGCCACAGCGACCCUUGGGGCAGACAAGAACAGCAUUUGGAGAGGGCUUUCAGUAGAGGGAAAAACGAUCCACACAGGCAAAGGUUUUACAGCGAAUCCCAUCACCAAAAGAAAGAGAGACACGAAAAGGAGUGGAACAGUGAAAAAUAUUGGGAGCAGGAUUCGGAAAGAAACAGGCGCAGGGACAGGAACCAGGAGAAAGAGAGGGAGAGGAAGAGUAGGGAGGAAGGGCAGAGGGACAAGGAACGAGCGCGAUCUCCACACAGCGAGAGGGCUGCUGAUGGGAAAAGCCCCCGAGAGACUAGAAAUCCCGAAAAAAAGGCCGAGAAGCCGAAAAGCGAGGAACAGGCUCCUGAAAAAGAGAAGGAGAGGGAGAAAAGCAAAGAGAAGCAUAGGGAGCGAGAAAGCGAAAAGAGCAGGGAGAGGCAUAGGGACCACGGCGACAGGACGAAAAGCAAGAGGUAA